AUGGGCAAUCUGUCAACAAAAAGGUCAAAGGAAGUGAAAAGGAUAGCAGAUGUGAUCACAGCCCUUCAAGAAGGCACCGAUAUAAACUUCAACGAAAAUGACAAAUCAUUAAGAGUUGAAGCAGUAAUUUCUAUUAAAGUAUAAUUGAACUUUUCUUCAUUUAGCAGUUUGGUAUGGAAAUAUACCAAUUGUAAAAGAACUAUUGAGACAAGGAUGGGACCCGGAUGCACAAGAUGUGGUAAUUUCUAAUCAGCAUGGAGAAAGUCCUCUGCAUCUUGCUGAGUAUACAAGCAAUUAUGAAAUCAGAAAUUUGUUGGUUUCAAGCCAUGCAAAUGAGUUAAUAUUAAAUAAAGUAAAAAUCAUAUAGAAGCAACAAGUUCCAAGAGAUCUUUUUACGCUAUAUGAAACAAGAAAUACUGAGAGCAGUUUGGAAGUUGAUUAA